GUAAAGUUAGUAGUUGAACUAGGGAGACAUCAGGCACCGUUGGCCCCACGGAGCAAGUUCGGGGGAUCUGAGUGCGGGAUCCAUCCUGCUACACCCAGGCACGUUUUCUUUAGAUGCCAAAGACAACCAUCGACCAUAGCGCCGUCACCGGAUCGCCGACCAAGAACCGUGCUGUUCAACGCAGCCCAUCCCUUCCCCUCCCCGCACAAAGCCACAACCCGCGACCGGAAACCAACCUAAUCUCCCGGUGUAAAUUAAUCCAAUUGCGGUCGCUUCGAGCAGCACGCGCAUGACACGCCCACCAUGGGUAUCACUCGACGCGCAAAAGACAAGGCCGCCCGGGCCGAACGCGCUGCUGGCGGCGGCGGCCAGGCCGCGCCGAGCAAGCCCAAGAAGGCCACUUUCGACACGACAAAGAAGAAGGAGAUCGGCGUGUCCGACCUGACGCUACUACGGACCGUGUCCAACGACGCCAUCAACGAGAACCUGAAGAAGCGGUUCGAGGGCGGCGAAAUCUACACAUACAUUGGCCAUGUACUGGUCUCGGUCAACCCCUUUCGCGACCUCGGCAUCUACACCGACCAGGUCCUCCAGAGCUACCGGGGGAAGAACCGGCUCGAGAUGCCCCCGCACGUCUUCGCCAUCGCCGAGUCCGCCUACUACAACAUGAAGGCGUACAAAGACAACCAGUGCGUCAUCAUCUCGGGCGAGUCCGGUGCCGGCAAGACCGAGGCGGCAAAGCGCAUCAUGCAGUACAUCGCCAACGUCUCGGGCGGCGGCGACACGGGCGACAUCCAGCAGAUCAAGGACAUGGUGCUGGCGACCAACCCCUUGCUCGAGUCGUUCGGCAACGCAAAGACGCUGCGGAACAACAACUCGUCGCGCUUCGGCAAGUAUCUGCAGAUCCACUUCAACGCCCAGGGCGAGCCCGUCGGUGCCGACAUCACCAACUACCUGCUCGAGAAGUCGCGCGUGGUUGGCCAGGUCACCAACGAGCGCAACUUCCACAUCUUCUAUCAGUUCACGAAGGGCGCGUCGCAGCAUUACCGAGAGAUCUUCGGGGUCCAGAAGCCCGAGACGUAUCUCUACACCAGCAAGUCCAAGUGCUUCAACGUCGACGGGAUCGACGACCUGGCCGAGUUCCAAGACACGCUCAACGCCAUGAAGAUCAUCGGCCUUACGCAAGCCGAGCAGGACAGCAUCUUCCGCAUGUUGGCCGCCAUCCUCUGGACCGGCAACCUGGUGUUCCGCGAGGAUGACAGCGGAUAUGCGGCCGUGUCGGACCAGUCGGUCGUGGACUUCCUCGCCUAUCUGCUCGAGGUCGACCCGGCCAGCCUCGUCCACGCCAUCACGAUCCGCGUCCUCACGCCGAGGAGCGGCGAGGUGAUCGAGUCCCCCGCGAACGUGGCCCAGGCGACGGCGACCAGGGACGCCCUGGCCAUGGCCAUCUACUACCACCUGUUCGACUGGAUCGUGGAGCGGCUCAACCAGUCCCUAAGGGCGCGGCAGGCCACCUCCAACACGAUUGGCAUUCUCGACAUCUACGGCUUCGAGAUCUUCGAGAAGAACAGCUUCGAGCAGCUCUGCAUCAACUACGUGAACGAGAAGCUCCAGCAGAUCUUCAUCCAGCUGACCCUGAAGGCCGAGCAGGAAGAAUACGCCCGGGAGCAGAUCAAGUGGACCCCCAUCUCCUACUUCGACAACAAGAUUGUGUGCGACCUGAUCGAGUCCGUCCGGCCGCCGGGCAUCUUCUCGGCCAUGAAGGAUGCCACCAAGACCGCCCACGCGGAUCCCGCCGCCUGCGACCGCACCUUCAUGCAGAGCAUCAACAGCAUGUCGAACCCCCACCUCACCCCUCGGCAGGGGAGCUUCAUCGUCAAGCACUACGCCGGCGACGUCACGUACACGGUCGACGGCAUCACGGACAAGAACAAGGACCAGCUCCUCAAGGGGCUCCUCAACCUGGUCCAGGGCAGCCAGAACAAGUUCCUCCACACCAUCUUCCCCGUCCACGUGGACCAAGAUAACCGGAAGCAGCCCCCCUCGGCGGGCGACAGGAUCAAGGCGUCGGCCAACGCGCUCGUGGACACGCUCAUGAAGUGCCAGCCUUCCUACAUCCGGACCAUCAAGCCCAACGAGAACAAGUCGCCGCACGAGUACAACGUGGCCAACGUGCUCCACCAGAUCAAGUACCUGGGUCUCCAGGAGAACGUGCGGAUCAGGCGCGCCGGCUUCGCCUACCGCCAGUCGUUCGAGAAGUUCGUCGACCGCUUCUUCCUGCUGUCCCCCGCGACCUCGUACGCGGGCGAGUACACCUGGCAGGGCUCCUACGAGGCCGCCGUCAAGCAGAUCCUCAAGGACACGAGCAUUCCCCAGGAGGAGUGGCAGCUCGGCGUCACCAAGGCCUUCAUCAAGUCGCCCGAGACCCUGUUCGCGCUCGAGCACAUGAGGGACCGGUACUGGCACAACAUGGCGACGCGGAUCCAGCGCAUGUGGCGGGCCUACCUCGCCUACCGGGCCGAGGCCGCCACCCGCAUCCAGCGCUUCUGGAGGAAGAAGCGCACCGGCGCCGAGUACCUCCAGCUCCGCGAGGAGGGCCACAAGAUCCUGCAGGGCCGCAAGGAGCGCAGGAGGAUGAGCCUCCUCGGCUCCCGGCGCUUCCUCGGCGACUACCUCGGCAUCAACGCGACCACCGGCCCGGGCGCCCAGGUGCGGAACGGCAUCCAUCUCGGCUCCAACGAGAGGGCCGUCUUCUCCUGCCGCGGCGAGAUCCUCGAGGCCAAGUUUGGCCGCUCCAGCAAGCCGAGCCCCAGGAUCCUGAUCGUCACCAACAGCAAGUUCUACAUCGUCGCGCAGGUCAUGGGCCAGAACGGCCAGGUCCAGAUCGUGGCUGAGCGCGCGAUCCCCCUGGGCGCCAUCAAGUUCAUCGGCACGUCCACGUGCCGGGACGACUGGUUCUCCCUGGGCGUGGGGUCGCAGCAGGAGGCCGACCCGCUGCUCAACUGCGUCCUCAAGACGGAGCUGUUCACGCAGAUGAAGAGAGUGAUGCCGGGCGGGUUCAAUCUGAAGAUUGGGGAUACGAUUGAGUACGCUAAGAAGCCGGGUAAGAUGCAGAUCGUAAAGGUCCUCAAGGACGCGCCCGGCCCGCAGGACUUCUACAAGAGCGGCGCCGUCCACACGCAGCAAGGCGAGCCGCCCAACUCCGUCUCCCGGCCGACGCCAAAGGGCAAGCCGGUCCCUCCGAGACCGAUCACCAAGGGCAAGUUGAUCAAGCCCGGCGGGCCGGGCGGCAGACCGUCCAGGAACCCUGUCAACCGAACGCCCCAGCCCCGACCGUCGGCCGCUUCCGCCGCGACCAGCAACACCACCACUACGGCAACCUCGAGGCCGGUCCCGCAACCCCAGCCGGCGGUCUCCGUCAGCAUCCCCUCGCACACCCGCCAAAAGUCCAACUCAUCGGCCGUGCGCGCACCUCCCCCUCCACCCCCCGCUGCGCCUGCAAAGCCCAAGAUCAUGGCCAAGGUUCUCUACGACUUCACCGGUCAGCGAGACAAUGAACUGUCCGUCAAGGCGGGCCAGAUAAUCGAGAUUGUCCAGAAGGAAAACAAUGGUAAGCCAUUUCUUUGUCUUUCUCUCCCCUUCAGAUCUUAAAAAGUAGUCGGUCGAAUAAUCUAGAAAUU